AUGGCUGGUGCUGCGUCACCGUCCCCGCGACGUCACCUCGACACUGCGGACGAGUUCCAGUCUUCGUCACCCACCACGGAUGCUCAGCGCAGAGGACGCCCCCGUUCCAGGGGAUGCUCGGGAGGCCGCAUCAGAUCCAGGCACCCUGGUGCCUCCAAGGGAUGUUCCGGCUCGCGCUCCAGGUCGACAGAAUGUGCCCGGGGAAGUUCCAUUUCUCAGCCUGGCUCCAACUCAAGGCCGGGGCACGUUUUGUCGGGGCCGACCAGGUCCCACUCCCGCACGCCCACCACCUCUAACAGCAAGAAGCCUACGUCCUCCUGGGCCAACAAGGCCUGA